GUACAAAAAUAGUUACAAUCCAAUUUUGUAAAUCAAUUUUAUAUACAUUCAAUAGUUGUCAACUUUGUAGACCGAUACAUCAAAAAAAUCACAAUACCAUUCCACACACACGUGUCACAGAUAUCUCCGCCGCGUGUAGCGGCGCGUGUACACCCAACACCUCCAUGUUCCCCAUUCUCCGUCCCCAAAUCCCAAUUCAAUCGUCCAUAAUUUGCCCUAAUUCCUCACAAACCCUAGCCAAAAUCCUCAAUUUCGUCUUCCCCCACUCGAUUUUGAGGAUCCCUUAACCUAAAAACCCAAUCUUUAUCCAAUCCAAUGGAUCAAAACCACAAAAAACCAUUCAAUUUCAUAACCACAAACGGUUCCGGUGACAUUCAUGUUCAAACAACGUCAGGCUGGCUCGAAAUCCGUUUAUUCUACGUCAGAAUCACACCGUGCGCCGUUAACGCCGUUCCGGUAAACCUAACGCUGCGGAAUUUACGCCGUGAGAUCGGCGUUUCCCUCGAGAUUAACGGCGUUAGGGUUCCGUCAACGAACACUGGUCUAGUGACGUUGCGUAGGGACCGUGUGGAUAAAGAGUCGUCGGAAGUUACGUAUGUUAGUACGGAUAAUGUUAGGGUUUCAGGGGCGGUUGAAUUUGAGGUUGUUAAUGAUGAAUUGGAUGAUAGGGAGAUGGUGUUGUGUGGUUCUUUGGAGAGAAUUGAACCAAUGUGGAACAAUAGUGGUAGUGAAUUGAAGAAGGGGUGGAGUAUGGAUUUUUACGCGGGGAAUUUGGCGAAAUUUGGGGGGUUUUCGACGUCGGUUGAGGUUUAUAUAGCGGGGUGUUGCUCGUCGGUGCCGGUGAUAUUGACGAAAACGGUUCUGGUUAGUCCGCGGAGACGGGGGUCGAGGUGUGGGAUGCUGGAUGCGAUUCCGGAGGAUGAAGAGGUUGAUAAGGAAAUGGUGAGGGAGAAUGGGGUUGUUCGGCAGCGGAAAUUGGCGCAUACAGGCGAAGAAGGCUACGAGUACGAAUCAGAAGUCAAACUCAGACCAAGCUACUAUUCAGAGGAAAUGUAUUAUGAUGAGGAUGGUCAACUCACAUGGUUCAACGCUGGUGUAAGAGUUGGUGUCGGGAUUGGCCUUGGGAUGUGCCUUGGUAUCGGGGUUGGUGUCGGUUUGCUCAUGCGCUCGUAUCAAGCAACCACCCGGAAUUUCAGGAGAUUCUUUUGACCCUUUUCACAUCUUCAAAAAUGGCAAGGUAACAUAAUCUGGAUUUGAGUAUCCAGUUCAUAUAGAGCAAGCCACCCAUCGUGCCCAUCGCGUUAAAAAAUGUAGUAUGCGAAAGAAAUCGUACGCAGUUUGUAGAUAGGUUUCGGUUUUGGUAUGUAAUCUCCCUGUGGCAGUGUAACUUUUGUUUUUUGGCCUUCACAUAUCUUGUAAUAAGUUCAAUUAUGAAAUCUCAAUGAAUAACCAACCCAGUGUUGUGGGGUUGUAUAUAAUAUAUACACCUUUGGGUGUUUAUGUUUUUGUCUG